GGAAAAAGAGCACCAUAUGGUUGGAAAAAUGAGAGAUAGCUCAGCUUCACCAAAUGGUUCAUUUACUAGUGCCAUGACACUAAAUGAAGAGGGGCUAACCUAUGUUCCCAACCGUUACAUUCUUCCCCCAUCCUUACGCCCCGAGCGAACCCUGUGUGACACAUGCUUGCCCGUUGUGGAUCUAUCCUUUCUGCGACACCCUCUUCUUCGGCCUCAGAUAAUCCAGGAAGUACACCUGGCUUGCAAGGAACUAGGUUUCUUCCAGGUAGUUAACCAUGGAAUCCCACUGUCAGUCAUGAAAGAUGCCAUAGAUGCUGCGAGCGAAUUCUUCGAUUUACCAACUGAAGAGAAAAAGCAUCUCUUGUCUUCAAAUGUUCAUGAACCCAUAAGAUAUGGUACUAGUCUAAAUCAUGUCAAAGACAAAGUUCACUUUUGGAGAGACUUCCUCAAGCACUACGCUAAUCCAAUCUCAACUUGGAUUGAUUUGUGGCCAUCAAACCCCACAUGUUACAAGGAGAAAAUGGGGAAUUACACGAAGGCAGCACAAAAGUUGCAAGAAGAACUCAUGGAAGUGGUAUUUGAGAGCUUAGGACUAAACCCUAGUUACUUACAUGAAGACAUUGCAGAAGGCUCUCAGGUCAUGGCCGUUAAUUGCUAUCCAGCAUGUCCUGAGCCAGAUCUUACACUAGGAUUGCCACCACACACAGAUUAUGGUAUGCUAUCCAUCAUUCUACAAAAUUAUCAGGGCUUGCAAAUCAUGGACCGAGAUGAAAAGUGGCAUGCAGUUCCAGUCAUCGAAGGAGCUCUCGUUGUUCAGCUGGGAGAUCACAUGGAAGUAUUGAGCAAUGGCAGAUACAAAAGCGUUCUCCACCGAGCAGCAGUUAACUCAGAAAAAAAGCGCAUUUCAAUUGCCAGCCUCCAUAGUCUAGCUUUAGGUAAAACAGUUAGACCUGCACCAGACCUUGUCAACGAACAACAUAUCUUGUCUUACAAAGAAGGAAGCUUUAGUGAUUUCCUUGACUUCAUUUCUCAAGAAAAUAUCAUCGAAGGAAAGUACAUAGACAAACUAAAAAUAAACUCAUGAUGAUUAUGGUCCCUGAGAGAGCAU